GUCUGCCUGCGAUUCCUGCUCAACUUUGUCGUCUUUCCAUCGAUUUCUUCUCUGAUCAACGUCGUUAGGGUUUCGGAUCCGGUGGAUCUCCUCGUAAUCAGUGACGGCCUAGUUCUUGAUGAUGGAGGGAAGUCAAUCCGGUUCAGACUGUGGCUGUUCGAAUCGAUAUUUCAUCUUUCUCAUAACCCAGCCACAGGUUCCAUGACAGAUAUAAACAGUUGAGGCCUUAAAUUGUCUACUUUUCGGCAAAAGUUUGACUGGUAUGAAGACGCUAUAGUUAAUCAAGCAGAUUGAUUUGGAAGAUGAAGUCUGAACUCUUUUUUACUCUGCAUUUUAAGAUGCAUACUGUGGAAAUCAAUAUGAAGGCCUGCCAAUAAAAGAUGGUUGCACUGUACUGAACAGAAGAUGAAGAAGAGUUUCAUUGUAAAGAACCCAAUUGCCUUUGGUUUUAUGAUUCUCUCUGUUUGUUGCAUACUUAUUGUACUCAUCUCAACGCUAAGGCUUCCAGAGCUAACUGUAGGAGUUAAUGCUGUUACCAGAAAGGUUCCGAAAGAUGAUAAGUUGGGCAAAUUUGGGGAGAUGAUGAUCAAAAUGUUGCCUAAGGAUCUUGCUUUUACUGUCUUUGUCCCUUCAGAGAAGGCUUUCGAGCGCGAAUUGAGUUUACAAGUAAAUGAAAGCUUCACAACAGAGAAGACAGAUGAUACAUAUGCAGUAAUUUCACGUGUAUUGGGUUUCUCUGCCGUUCCUCGAGCUAUUUAUUCGAGUUUGGUAGAUUAUGGGAAGGAAAUUUCAUAUGAUGCUGUAUCUGGAUUUACGUUGUACAUUUCCAAGGACAGAGAUGGGAUGUUGAUUGUUAACAGAGUGAGGUCAGAAAUGGUGGAUAUAAAGAAGAAGGAUAUUGUUGUUCAUAUAAUGGAUGGUGUUAUAAUGGAUGCUGAGUUUGAGCAGUCGGUAAAACCUGAUGACAGUGAAGAUUAAACCUCUGAAAAGCAGCUCUUAAUUGCAUCUUUUAAUCACACAUUUUCCUAUCAGUUGAGUUUGUAAUGACUGAAGAUUAAGUUAUUUGGCCAAACAUUUCUCUUGAAAGAGCAAAAUAGAUUCUUUUCCUUUCAAA